GACACUAGUUACUGCAAUCUUGAACAUUACGUCACUCAGGGUCCUACCUACGUCUUCUCCAACCUACUAUAACAAUCAAGCAUCCCGCACAUCCUACAACCACGUAUCCUUCAACCCUCUUCUUCUUUACCUACCGUCGCGCACCUCACAAAGCCCAGCAUGUCGUCUAAACUUGUUCCCUCGGAUCCCGCCAGCGUUAUGGUGAUUCGCGAUGUUGUCCCGCGUGUUAUCACUACACUAUCAGUGCCGUUCUGGAGAUUCGGUCGCGUGAAGAUUGGCGGACGUGGAACGAUUGUGCGCCUGCAAUCUGGCUCUCUCGCCGUCUUCUCUCCAGUCGCCUUGACCGACGACGUCAAAGCCAAGGUCUCGGAACUGGGCGAAGUAAAGUACAUUGCAGCCCUAGAUGCAGAGCAUCACAUUUUCCUCGGUCCUUGGCACAAAGAAUACCCCAACGCUCAAGUCAUGGGCCCAGACGUACUCCCGGAGAAGCGCACAAAGCAGAAGAAUGAAGAAGUGCCGUUCAGCUUUUUGUUCAGCAAAUCCAAACCCAUUGAAUCCAUUUCGCCCGAAUUCGACGCAGAGUUCGAUUGGGAAUACGUCCCCUCGCAUGUCAACAAGGAGCUCGUCUUUCACCACCGUCCGUCGCGCAGUCUCAUUACCGCUGAUCUCAUGUUCAACCUCCCUGCGACCGAACAAUUCAGCAAGUCCGGUGUCGAUCCAACUACCGGUAUCCUCAGCAAGAUCUUUAACGCCAUGCAGAACACAAAGGGUGAUGCAAAGUGGCAGCAGCGCACCAUUUGGUAUGGCACCAGUGCGAGCGAUCGCAAAGGAUUCUCGCAGAGUAUGGAGAGGAUCAGCAAGUGGGGUUUUGAGAGGAUUAUCCCGUGUCACGGAGAUGUGAUUGAAGGCGAGGGUAAGCCCAUCUUCGACAAGAUCAUGAGGUGGCAUUUGGAUGCGGCUGCGAAGGAGCGGGCCAAGGCCAACUAAAACAAAUCAGCUUGCUUGAUUGUCUGUGGCAUUUACGGGGAGUUGUUCACUGGGGCGAAGGGGAUAGGCGAUGCAGUGUACUGUUCUGAGAUACCAGAUUGUUAAUUAUGCUUCAUGUUCGAAUUCUAACAAAAUCAUACUAUCAAACAUCCCUCAA